GGACUGAGGCGGUAGAAAUGGAGAGCAAAAGGACUGGGAGGGAGAGCGUAAACGUUGAAGAGACAUGGCGUGGCAGCAACGCAGAAUAAGGGGAUCUCAGUUCACCAAAAGGAGUUCACGAAACAACAGAGCCGAGGCUGAGGAGUCGAGCUAACAGUCUGGACGAUUUCCAUUUCGCUUUGCUUUGGUCUUUUGCCUCGAAAUCAGCGCGCACAUAACGUUUGUGUCGCUCAGUAUCUGCAGAGAGAAGUCUGUGGCGAACAACCCAGUCUGACAGGAUAAAAAGGUAGCUCAAUAUGAGUCGAGAUGGGUGGGCAAAGAAGAGAGCCUAUGCCAGUGGUGACAAUGGUUGGGCUGAGAGGGGAGGUUACAUGGCUGCCAAAGUUUCUAAGCUGGAUGAGCAGUUUAAACUCGAUGCCCCCAGAGAAAAACAGAAGGACGGUGCAUGCUCCAACAUUUUCAGUGGAGUGGCCAUCUAUGUCAAUGGAUACACAGAGCCCAGUUCAGAUGAGCUACGCAGACUGAUGAUGCUGCACGGCGGCCAGUUCCACGUCUACUACUCUCGCUCCAAGACCACACACAUCAUCGCCAAUAACUUGCCAAACAGCAAAAUUCAGGAGCUCAAAGGGGAAAAGAUCAUCAAGCCAGACUGGAUCACUGACAGUAUCAAGGCUGGGCGUCUCCUGCCUUACCUGCAGUACCAGCUUUACACUAAACACAAGGGUCCACUCUUCCCUGGCAUGACUCUGCGCCAGAUGUCAGAGAUGGCAGGACCCAGUCACAACCUGCUUCAGCCAAACGUCCAUCAAAAGCUUCACCUGCCACAGCUCAGCGUUCAGCACUCCGUACUCAAGCAGGAGCAGUCCUCGUCCAGCUGCCAGAAUAACUCAACCCCAAAACCCAGCCACAGUCGACUCAACCAAGACAACAUCCAACCUCAGUCCAUCCAGCAAAACUCUGCAGCACAGUUCAUUAACCCUCGACCAAGUCACAUGGCAUCCACUUACCUCAAUGCACACGCUCAACACCUGCUUUCUAAUCCGAGCCCCAAAAAGCACCUACAGUCUACUCUUCAAACACCUCACACUAAUCUCCAGCAGCACAGAGCUAGCCAACCACAACCUCAGAUCAAGUCUUCUUGCAACAGCGCCCAGAGUGGCUGCAAGGAAUUAAAAAUAAACGGAUCACUGCAGACCUCAUUGGAUGUGAUGAGCCAUUCAAAAAUGAAUGAAAUGCACGAGUGUGGCAAAGAAGAUCCUCUCCCACAGGUGCUGAGGGAAACCCACCUGACAAACGGACACACUCACCUUGUUAAUGGUGCCUUAAAGCCAGAGGAUCUGUCCCCUGUUACAGAUGAACUCUCUGAUGACAAGGAACUGCCUCAAUGCAGACUCAAGAGUUCAGAGGAUAAACCCCAGAGUCCUCCAGUGCAGUAUCAGAGCAAACCUGACCCCUAUGAGUUCCCCCACAGUCCUCCAAAGCAGUCCGAUAAGUCUCCUGUCUUUCAGAAGCAAUCCACCUCACAUGGAGCCAAUGAGCAGAGACCUAAACCUCCACCACCCUCCUACCAGGAGGCUGUAAAAGCCACCGAAAGCCAACUAAUCCCAAAACAGUUUCAGCCAUCCCGUCAAGUUGAUUCAAGUCCAGAAAAGACUCCUCUUUCACCUGAGUCUCGCUCCCUUUCACAUUCUCCAAUCCGACUCAAUGGAAGUCACCACAAUGCCUUCUCAUCUGAUCCUGCGACGCCAAACACGACCAGCGCCACAGCCAAACCAGAGCCCCCCUCUGAGAAGUCUUCAUUGUCAUCGAAGUCUUCAGCACAGCUGCUGGCCCAGACAGGCGGUUUGAUCUCUGAGUUCUACUCUCACUCACGUUUACACCAGAUCUCCACAUGGAGGUCGGGCUUCUCUGAGUAUGUCAAUGAGCUGCACAGCAAGCGAAAAGCAGCGGGGGGCGCCUCCUUCCCUGGGAAAGAUAGACUGAGGAAAUCUGCGGCCCAGCGCUCUGCUGAUAGUCGAGGUACGUCAACAACCUCAAGUAUCAAAUCUUGUAUUCUUCAUGUGGACAUGGACUGUUUCUUCGUGUCUGUGGGGAUCCGACAUCGACCAGAUCUCAAAGGGAAGCCAGUAGCUGUGACCAGUAACCGUGGACAGGGCCGAGUGCCCCUGAGGCCCGGGGCCCACCCUCUGCUGGAGCAGCAGUACUACCAGAAUAAACAUAUUCAUCCUCAAUCCGAUGAAGAUUUACACAGAACUCCUUCACAAGAGAGUCCGGAGUCACACACCAACGGAGUCAACCAGGAUGCUUCCACUCUCUCUAUGGCAGAGAUCGCAUCCUGCAGUUACGAGGCCAGGCAGGCAGGCGUCAGAAAUGGGAUGUUUUUUGGCAAAGCAAAGCAGCUGUGUCCCUCGCUGCAGUCUGUCCCGUAUGAUUUUGAGGCUUAUAAAGAGGUGGCGCUCACCAUGUAUGAGACUCUGGCCAGUUACACCCACGACAUUGAAGCUCUGAGCUGUGAUGAAGUGUUGAUAGACGGCUCUUCUCUUUUGGCCGAGUUGGGCAUCAACCCAGAAGAUCUGGCGAGUGCGAUCAGAGCGGACAUCAAGGAGAAAACGGGAUGCUGUGCUUCAGUGGGCAUGGGGUCCAACAUCCUGCUGGCUCGGCUGGCGACCCGCAAGGCCAAGCCAGACGGGCAGCACCUCUUAAAGUCUGAGGAGGUGGAUGAUUUUAUCCGGGACCUGCCUGUGACCAGCUUACCAGGUGUUGGGCCUGUUAUGGGCAGGAAGCUGGCUGCUAUGGGUGUGAGGUCAUGUGGGGACCUCCAGCAGGUGUCUCUGUCUCAGCUGCAAAAGAAGUUUGGUCCUCGGACCGGACAAACCCUGUUCCGCUUCUGCAGGGGCCUCGAUGACCGGCCCGUCCGCUACGAGAAGGAGAGGAAGUCGGUCUCUGCUGAGAUGAACUACAACAUCCGUUUUACAAAGGUUGAUGAGGCAGAGUCUUUCUUGACAAACUUGGCCAUGGAGGUGCAAAAACGUUUACGCGAAGCGGGGCUGCGAGGUCGCAGAGUUACCCUUAAGGUCAUGGUUCGCAAGGUUGGAGCGCCGCUGGAGCCGGCUAAAUACGGUGGUCAUGGCAUAUGUGAUAAUCUAGCCAGGACUGUGAUGCUCGCUCAGUCCACUGACAGCGGUCAGCUGAUUGCCGCUGCGGUCAUCAAGCUGUUCCACGCCAUGAAGUUGCAGGUUCAGGACAUGAGAGGGGUCGGCAUCCAGGUUCAGCUUCUUGAUGGACAUAACUCUGUCCCCCAGGACUCCAUGGGCCCGGGGACACGCUCCAUCAAAGACAUGUUGCUUGUUGCCAAAUCCAGCAACAAAGGUUUGUGUAAAGUCUUUGUGUUUCAGUUUAUGUCUCUGUUGUUGUCUGUGAAAUCUGUUAACUUUAAAAUCAACGUUACAGAUGCUGCCGACAACAACACACAUCAAGAAAAGACUUCCUCAAACACGGACGUGUCAUCUCGCUCCUCUUCCCAUCCUCUGUCCUCUCCUGAGCCGGUCCCAGGGACGAGCAGAGACCAGCAGGCGUGCAGACAAACUCCAAAAAAUCCUCGAGCACGUCUCAACUUCAGUAUUGAGGUCCCCUCUCCUUCGCAGGUGGACCGCUCUGUGUUGGAGGCGUUGCCCGCAGAACUGAGAGAACAAGUGGAGCAGUCGUGGACUAAUCGCGAUAGGAGACCAAGUAACCGUCAGUCACCCAGUCCACAGCCCUCCGCUCCUCCGCCUCCAUCUCUGAAAUCUCGUCCUCCUGCCCCCGGUCCUGCUCCUGGUCCUGCUCUCUACACUCCACCUGUAGGGACGUUGCUUCUCCAGAUUCCAAACCAGCCAGACAGUCCAGGAAUUGUACUGGAACUACCAAACUUCUCACAGGUUGAUCCUGAUGUAUUUGCUGCCCUUCCCAAAGAGCUCCAGGAUGAACUGAAGUCUGCCUACAACCGUGUAACAAACGUCCAGCCCCAGACAAAAAUGUCAGCAGAGCAGAAGAAUCCAUUGUUGCAGCUAAAACAGUCAGGACUCGGAGUCGGCAUUGGUCGGGUGAAGCGGCACUACAAGAGAAAAAAUGCAGGGAGUCCUGUUAAAAAAGGUCCUUCUCCUCUGAAGAAGCGUCACGUGACAAACAGCCCGGCCAAAACCCUGCCAUCUCCUAUGAAACCACGGGAACCGAUGAACAUUUUAAAGACGGAAAACGGUCCCUCCACAUCGAGCUCAGACCCAGACAUCCCGGAGUCUCUGUCCAAAUUCAUUCCUCGCCCUGCUCCAGCGUUGGCUGGAGCCUAUGACCUAACGGACAUUAAAACACUCCUACGAGAAUGGGUCACCACCAUAACAGAACCCAUGGAGGAGGACAUCCUGCAGGUGGUGAAAUACUGCACUGAUCUGAUCGAGGAUAAAGAUCUGGAGAAGCUGGAUUUGAUUAUAAAAUACAUGAAAAGGCUCAUGCAGCAGUCGGUGGAGUCGGUUUGGAGCAUGGCUUUCGACUUCAUCGUUGACAACGUGCAGGUGGUUGUGCAGCAGGCGUAUGGUAGCACCCUGAAGGUAGCGUGAAGAGGGAGGAGUCAAGGUUUUCGGCGUGUUUAACCACUGCACCAACACUUCUUGUUUUGAUACCUUCACAAGGUCAUUGGCAAAAGAAAUUAUGACGUCUAAGUAAUGAUGAAAUCAUCUUCCUUCUCUUAGCAUCACAAUGAGAGUGAGAAUUGUACUCACACGCACACACACGCACACACACACACACACGAUAUCAGACAGUGUUACAAGAGCCAUGACAGUAUUAAAUGAGAGCUUGAACAGUGCUUUAUUUUCUGUACUUGCUCUUUUAAAAGACAAGUAACACAUACUGAGAGGCAGGAAAUAUACCUAGAAUCUACUCACCAAAACUCAGAACAGAGAAAAUCGUAGCAGUUUUUUCGCUAAUUCAUCAUUUCAUGUGGAGUUUUUUUUUAUAAAUAUGUGAAAUUUUAUAUAAUGUUUAUUUGUUUUUUUGCCGACAUUGCUAAAUAAAUUUCCAUCCUGAUGAGUGUUUCCCAUAGAUACAGUCAGUGGUCAUAGUUUAGGGGUCGUGGUGAGUGUGGAGGAGUUAGCAAGAGGGAAAACUGUCCUUUCCUCCAGGCUUUAAAUGCUGUGAAACCGUACGUUUUAUUUUUUAUUUUAAACUCAUGUAAGAUACACUAUUCCACUUACUUAACAUAAUCUCAGUACCCUACAGCCAUUAACGCUAUCAUGAAAUAGACUAGCUUAAUGUUUUAUUGAAUUUCGUGCACAUUUCAAGACAAUAGAGCAGCACUAACAUUACUCAGCACUAUUCGCCUAUGUUUUGAAAAUAUAAUGUUAUCAUGCAGGACUUUUUAAGCCCUAGAGCAGAAACAGCCUUGACAACAACCCACCAGACUCCAUUUAAAUAAAAAGUAAUUUUAGCAUGUAUAGUCAGCAUAUUUUCACAUUCAACGGGGUGAAUUACAAGUUAAUUUCAGCAAAAUCAGAUUUGGUGAUUGUUCGAGAGUAGAAAGAACAAUUUAAAAUGUUUAUUUAAAUUGAGUCUGGUGGGUUUGACGAAAACGAUUUUAGGGCUGUCUGUGGUCGAAAAGGAUCUCAACAAAAAGGUCUAUCUUGUCAAACUAUUGAAAAAAUAAUCUGAGUCCGUCAGUGGCAAAAGCAAGCACUUGUAGUGGGCAUAAAUUGAUGGCGUAAAUAUGCCCAGAGUGGUUGCAUUGCAGCCUGUUUUGCAGCUGCUGUUGCUUUAUGCUGGACCAGUUUCGAAAAAUGUCAAAAAUUAUUUGAUUAUUUGACGUGCAGAAAGCCGCACAGCAACUCCUCAAUGUGGUAUCAUUUGCUUUGUUUUCCCCCUCAGUGUAAAAGGAUGUGAUAUUGUGUGAAUGUUUCCAUAAAUACUGACUGUAUCUAUCUGAAAUAGCAGUGGACUUUAUGUGUUGCUAAGGUUUAAAUAAUGUUAAACAGGUGCAUUCUCAGCUUUUUCUUUUCCAUGUAUGCAGUUACAUCAGUCAGUGUUUAAAACAAUGACUGUAGUAAACACAAUUAUCAUGUUAAACUGCAACACACCUUUUAGCAAUUUUAUAAUUAGUCGUGUAGCACUCCUCAUCAGACAUCAGACUUAUGAUAAUACCAGAAAUUGUAGGAAUAAAAUAUCUUUCAUCAACGCUUCUUUGGUGCUCCAUGCCACUUGUACUGACCUGUGAACUAUCUACGACUGCUGUGUCACAAAAAAGCAAACGAAAUAUAGCCUGCUGCGUACAGAAGUAUCUCUUUUCUCGUCUCUCUUGCAAAAAAAAAAGUGCCAAACCCUGUUAUUAUAGUAUGUAAAUAAUGUUUUUAAAGAUACUUGUUAAAAGUUUUAAAAGAAAAGAUGUGCGUGGAGGGGUUUACCUCUUGUAUUGUUUACAUGUAGUGAAUUCUUAGUAACUGUCUUUAAAUUGUAAAAUCUUCUCGCUCUUUAAUUGUUCGUGUCAGAAGCUGGCCAAAGCUCUUCACGUGAGGUUAACUGUUGAUUCUCAGUAGCACUCUGACUCGGGAAGAUGUUGACAGGGGUUAUGGCAAUCAAUAAGUAGCCUAUGCAGUUCCUUUUUUUCACUAGCAAGUGAGAUGUCCCUACGAGAUAAUGUAACGUUUCAUACAGCCUUUGUAUCCGGAGUGAAUCUUUUCUAUUGUGUUUACCAGUUUCACAAAUCUGAAUAUUGGGAUAAUGCAGAGAAACUGGUGACGGGAUUUUUAAAACUCAACAUGUGUGUACUUCAUACUUUGGAGACAUUUGUAUGGCUUGUGGCUACAUCGCUGUGUUCCUGUGAAGUUAACUUUCAUGAUUGGUGAUUCGAAGUUCUCGGCUGGCUGGCUUGUGAUCUCACCAUGACGUGCGUGUGGUUGACAAGUUUGUUUAAAGCAGUAUCCACGAUAUGCAAACCAAAUCUAUCUUGUCUUUUUUUCUUUUCUUUUUUCUUCAACUUGUUGAAAUGAAUGUAAUUCAGAAUGUGCAAGUCGUCUCCGCUCACUAUCAAGCUUCUCUUCACCUGUCAUAUCUUUCCAGAAGGGAAUGGCCAGAAGUUAAAAAUUGGCCAGUCUUGUCUUCUCUAAACUGGCUUGUGCCUGAAGACCUGAAGCUGUGAACCUGUUUGUAAGUUUUCUAAAUCUUGGUAAUAAACUGUAAACUCUGUAUUAA